AUGUACACAACGGCUUCAUACAACUGUCCAGAGCAGGACGAUUUCUUGCAAUUGCAAUAUCCUGAUUUUGACUCUCAACCAUCGGAGGAAUAUCCCAUCUAUCCCUAUCCAAUUCUUUCGACCCGUGUCUCCGCAGACUCAGAGAUCCAACAGCCUGAACAUGGCGGAUUGGGUCUUGAACAAUGGCAGUCGACAGAAUUUUAUGCCGGUUCGACUCACUGCGACUCUUACUCUCCCCAAUCGUUCUAUCGAGGCCCUGUACCACUUCACGCCCCCGCUCCAGUCCCAAUAACAAUACCGGCUUUGGGACUUCAAGACAAAGUCGAAAACUCUGAUUACUCUCCGACUCUCGGUUCUCAGUCGCCAUCUGCUCUAGAUUCAGUUCGUUCAGUCGCGGUGCGGUCACCGUCUCUGGCAGCCGCCUCUCACUGCGAAACAGGCGUCAUCGACCGCUGCUCAUCGAUAAUCUCUACAUUCCCCACACCCAGCGAAUUACUCUGCGAGAUUAAAAACAGCCAAGGGACGACCAGUCCCAAGUCCGACUCGAGUGAACAUGACUCGUCGCCCCGGAACGUACAGUCAUUCCAACCAAUGGAUGCUUUGCCCAGAGGCCAGCCUUCCAGAGAUGGUAUAUCCUCGCACGAGAAGAAACGUCAGCUCCUUGAAUGCCUAGAGCAGUACGUCAUAUACUUACACGAACAACUUACUCUCUUGGGGGCGGAACCCGUCUCACUUGAACGCGUCGACAACUAUCGCGGUUUGGGUAGCCGUUCCAUCAGAACUCUACUCCUUCAUAUGGAGAACACGAACGAGAAGCUCAGCCACAAGGUCAUUGCGGAAGAGGAAAGGUUUCUCAAGCUUCGUGAGGCCUAUUACAGACAGGGUGAAUUCGCAAGCCUAGGGCACACCGAGCUUUCUCCAACUGGCAAUCGCGGUAUUUAA